UGUGUUUUCUGGUUGCCACAGAGAAGAUGUUGCGGGUAUUAUUGUCACUCACUCUUUGCUUUGAUGGAGCAAGUUCACGGAAUAUUUCUACGGAGCUGUGGUAACGAAGGACUAACGUAUCUGACCGUUUGUAGAUAGCUAGCUAGCUACUAUAGUGGAUUUAUUGAAGUUAUUUCGCUUUUUCGCUUCGUAGCCAACAUGUUGCUUUUCGCUUAUUAUGUGUAGAAAGAUGAGAGCAAGCUAACUUAAGCUAGCUAGCCAGCCUAGUGCGCCACACACAGAAGGCUAGGCUGCACAUAAAUACUAAUUUUAGGCAUCAACCACUUGUUCAAACUAGCUUCUAGCAGACCCACUUGACAGGCUCCAGGCUUAUAGUUAACGUUCGCUCUUGGCUUUUAGGUAGCUACUGUUAACGUGUGUUGAUUUAAUAAAUCAGUGCCACCAAGACAUACUGUAGCUAUUCUCACUGAAACGUCACCAUUGGCUUUGGAGUAAUUUGCGAUAACAGAAGCAAGGCCUUGUCAGGAUGCACACUACCCGUAGCCCGUCGUCCAUCCAGGCUGGAGGAACAGGGGAUGCCCUGGACCUGUCUCUGUCAGGCUCCCAGCUCUCGGUGUCCCGCCGGCCCAGCUCUGCCUCUCCAGGGAAAGUCUUCUCCCGCUCUGUGUCUGUCUCUGUAGCCAGCGAAGGCAGGGGCAAACGCAACACACUGGGUGAUGCUGGGUUUGGCAGCUCCCGUUCUAUCAAGAACCUGAGAAGGUCCAACAGUACUACACAGGUCAACCAGCAAGCCAACAUCAGCCUAAGUGAGGACCAGACAGAAGACUUCCUUGCGUUGUUUGACAGCAGCUCAGACGGACGCAGGAAGCUGGCCAGCCUCAGUAAGGCCUCCCCGGACCGUACCACCUGGAACAUCCUGGAUGACCAGCCAAGAGCAUUCCCUAUACCUACCAGCUCUCGCUCCACGGGCAGCGUGGACUCUCCCAUCACCAGUGGCCCGAAGAGGAGAGAGACCGGGGUAGCCCUGGCUGCCAACUUCACUGCUAACAACAGGAGCAACAAGGGAGCUGUGGGGAACUCUGUCACAACCAUCUUGCAUAACAACUACUCUGACAAACCCCUCACCCCCAAGAGCUCCAACCAGAAACCCUCCUUCAAUAACAUCCUGAAAGCCACAGUGAAUGACGAGGGACCCCUGGAGAGCAGCUCUCUGACCACCAAGUCCCAGAAGAACUUCUCCUCGUCCUCCUCUACAUCUAACAACAAUGCUGGCCAGCGUAGCCCCAGAGGCUCCCCCAGCCUGCCCCGCAGGAGAGAGGUCACAGAGGAGGAGGCCGAGAGGUUCAUCCAGCAGGUGAACCAGGCAGCGGUGACCAUCCAGCGGUGGUAUAGACUCCACACCAGGAGACAGUCACAGCAUGCCAGCCAGGCUGCCCUCAGACGCAUCCUCACCACCAAGAAGAAGGAACGAGAACAGAGGGCAGAGGAGGAGAAGUCUCCAGAGGUGCAGAAGAAGGAGGAGGACCGGAAAAGGAUUCGUGAGGAGAAGGCUCGUCUUGCCCGCGUCGCAGCCAUUCAGGAGCUGCAGCAGAAGAGAGCCCAGAGGGCUGCUGAGAUACAGGCCUUGGCCCAAGAGGAGAUGGAGACCCUGAGACACAGUGGCAAGGUGGGCCAUAAGAAACCGACCAAGACCACCACCACCUCCCCCAGCAACAAGAGCCCCACAUCCCCCUGCAACAGGAACCCUAUCUCCCCCACUGGCUCUGACGUCAAGGCCCAGAACACAGACUCUAACAAUGUGAAUGUUGUGACUGACCUGGAUGACAUCACCAACUUGAGACCGCUGUCCCCUGCACUGUCCAAUCGCAGAGACUCUCAAUGCUCUCAGGAGAUUCUGCAGCGGUCAGUGAGUGUGGAGGACCAGCGCCAGGGGGCGCCAUCGAGCAGAGCCCAGUCUAAGACCACCCUGAACGACCUGCUGGACACUCUGAAGCUCCUAGAGGAAGAACCAGAGAGGCUGUCUGAACCCAAGAGCUACCACAAGGAGAAGUACUCCUGGAUAGAUGAGGAUGGAGACUCCAACUCCCUGACCACUGAUAACCUGGAGCGUCAUGGUCAGCUGGUCCAUACCCCUGUGCUGCCAGACGGGGGCGCUCUCCUCUCUGAGGCCAAACUACAGAGCAUCAUGAGCUUCCUGGAUGAGAUGGAGAAGUCUGAACAGGAGAGACCUCGAUCUGUCACCUCAGGGUCACACAAAGAGAUGUUGUCAGAAGAGGAGCUUGCGGGAAUAGAGCAGGCCUCGGCCACGGCUGCUGAGGUCACUGGCUCCAUGAUGAGACUGAAGUUGGAGCUGGAGGAGAAGAGGCGCACUGUCAACAUGCUGCAGACCGCUCUGACCCAGCAGAGGGAGUUGACAGUGAGGCAUGUGAAGGAGACAGAGAAGGAAUUGAGCAGGAACUUCACUCUGCAGAAGGAGCAGUAUGAAGCCACCAUCCAGAGACACCUCACCUUUAUAGACCAGCUAAUAGACGAUAAGAAGGCUCUGAGUGAGCGUUGUGAGGGAGUGGUGGGAGAGCUCAAACUAGUGGAUCAGAAAUACACUAAGAAGAUCGGCCAGAUGCAGGAGCAACAUGAACUGGUGUGGCAAAUUCUGGGUCCCUUGUGCGAGGAGAUCAAGAAGCUGAAAGAGUUGAUGAGUGCCACAGAGAAGGUCCGCAGGGAGAAGUGGAUCGACGAGAAGACCAAGAAGAUAAAAGAGAUCACUGUGAAAGGUCUGGAGCCAGAGAUCCAGAAGCUGAUCUGUAAACACAAGCAAGAGCUGAAAAAGCUGCGGGUCCUUCAUGAGGCUGAGCUGCUGCAGGCAGACGAGAGGGCAGCCCAACGCUAUGUUGGCCAGACUGAAGAGCUACGACAACAGCUGGAGAGAGACCGGGACGAGCAGUGUCAGAGAGAGAGGGAACUGGCCAAGCAGAGGUUUGAGAAGCAGCUAGCGGAGGAGGAGAUGUCUUUACAGCAGCAGAGGAGGAGACUCUACAAGGAGGUGUCUGAGGAGAAGGAAAGACUCAACCAGCUGGCCGCCAGGCAGCGUGCUGAGCUGGAGGACCUGAGGAAGCAACUGGAGGAUAACAGCUCCCUGGCAGGGAGAGCUCUGAGAGAAGAGCUGGAGAGGAGCAGGGAGGAGCAGGAGAGGAGGCACCAGGUGGAGUUAAAAGCCCUCAGAGAACGCCUGGAGAUCGAGAAACAGACCUGGGAGGAGAACUACAUGAAGAAGGAGGAAGCAUGGUUGUUGAGUCGGGAGCGUGAGCUGAAGGAGGAAGUACGUCGGGGGCGGGACAAAGAGAUCGAGCUGGCCAUUCAGAGGCUGGAGGAGGAGACGAGCGGGGCCCGCGACGAAUGUGACCGGGCCGCUGACAAUCGUGUGAAGCGUGUGAGGGAGAAAUACGAGGCGGAGCUGAAAGAGUUGGAGCGCUCUGAGAGGUCUGCCUUGGAAAAACAGCAGGAGAUGAAGAAGAGACAGAGUGAGAUGGAGGGAGAGCUGAUCACACUACAGGGCCAUCUCAGACAGAGAGAGCAGGAGAUCGAAGACAUCACACAGAUCCGUGACAAGCUGUCUGAGGAGCGUCGCAGCCUGGCAGAGGUUAUCAGGCAGGAGUUUGCUGAAAGACUCAUUGUGACGGAGAAUGAGAACAGAAGGAUGAAGACCGAGACAUCAGAGGUCAGGGCCAGGCUAAGGCUGGAGGUUGAGAGGGUCACCAGGGAGAAGGAGGAGGAGCUGGCAGAGGUCCACCAACGGGUGAAGUCAGCCAUCUUGAAAAAGGAAGAGACUGUGGCUAGCCUUAGGAAGCAGCAUGAGGCUGCUCUGAAGAGGGCAGACCACCUGGAGGCCCUAUUGGAACAGCAGAGGAAGCAGCUGCUCGAGAAGUGACUGACAGGGGGGCAGGACUUGAACAUCACCAUCUCCACCUCCUCUGCCUCUCUCUUCCCCUCAUCACUCCUUCAUCUGUUCUGUAACUUGGGGCCCCACUUUUCCCUCCGUUUUUUCUUUGGUCUGGUGGAUGUGUUUCUGAUGGACUAGAGUGAGCGAAACAGAGAACUUGAGCCUGCCUGACUGUAUCUCCGCAGACUUCUUGAUAAAGACCCAGAUAUUAGAGACCCAGCCUGGCCUCUCCCAAGCAGGCCGAAUACGGUCAGGGAAACGGGCUGGAGAGGAUACCGUCUGCUGUUUUAAGAGCCUCUCACGCUGGAGGAGCCACAGACGAGGGGUGCUGUGAUCAUUAACUGCCCAGUGGACUCCUGGAAGGACUGAACCAUACUCUACCUAUAAGGCUUAUAGACUAGGGGGCAGUGAUUGUUUACAGUACAGAGGCUCAAACAGUAAAGCAGUGAAUGAACAGAACCAUUCUGUCCCCGUAGGGGCCAUGAACCGGGAGGUCUGUGUUCUUUAACUGCCCAGUGAACUCCUGGAUGGACUGAACCAUUCUCUGGAACCACCUCUGGAAUUUUGAUGAAUUGUGAACCCCCCCUAAAAUCUGAAAGAGUGGGAGAGCUCAUUCCCCACAGAGCAGAGACUAGGUUGCUGCCACAGAGAAGAGAACUGUUCCAGAUGUUCUAAGCCAGCCCAGGCCUGCUCUGUGACAGUGUGAAGUUUCCCAGCAGGCAGAGAGAGGUGGAGGGGGCUAGGUGGUCUUUCUGAGAAGGAGGGAAGGGAAUCAGCACCACCCUCUUCCCCUGCUGAGGUCCUGCAGUUAGUUAUUCAUACACGUCAGUACAGAGUGCUGUUGAAUGAAGCUGGGGCUCGAGGUUGCUCGGCAUUGCCCUUUGUGUACGAGUUACAGAUGUCUUUUGUCCCGGUGCCCCUCUGGGCUAGUGCCAAUUACAGGAUCUGCUGCCUUGGCUUGGUGCAACCCCCCCUUCCCACACACUCACAAUCACACCCUUUGCCCCUGCCCCCCUGGCAGUCACAAGCCUAGUUUAGCUCUGACAGGCAGAUUUGUUAUGAAUGUCUUCAUCCAAGUCAAAUCUAACAAUGAGUCUAGAAAUAAUACAAACCUUGGUGUUGACAAGUUGUAUAGUGUGCUAGGAUGUCAAUAGAAGGAAAGAGUGAGGGAUGGGUGUGGGAGUAAUUGUGCGAUGCAGAAAGAAUAGACAGAUAUGAGACAGUGAGUAAUGAUGCUCUGAUAGUGUAUUUAAUCUUAUUGAGAGUCAUGGUUGUGGUGUGGGUUUUGAAAGUGAGACAGAACGAGAGAGAAGGAGAGGGCGAUGAAGGAAUGUGCAUAGGAAGUGUUUAUAGGAUUAGGAAAGCUGAGACUGGGACUGACUGGGGUAUGGGGGGCACAACACAAGCCUAGUGGUUUCGUGUGACCAGAGACCCAAACCUAAAAGCCCCAUGAGCCUGGUGGGUCUGAUAGGAUGAUAGUCUGAGGGCUACACUGUGACAAAAACUACAUCUAACUCUCACUGAAAGGGUCCAACACUGGGCCCCUCCACUUAACAGAAGUAAAGUAGCCCCUAAACAUCCAGGGGAAGGAACUAUCAAACUGGUUAAUGAGAUUUUCAGAAGCCGUCUAGGUACUUCCUAGUUUUGCAUGUCUCUCUUUUAUCUUGUAUGUUGUUUUUAUUUAUAUAUAUAUAUAUAUAUACUUGUGCUUUUUAUUUGUUUACCCCUUAAAAAGUUUAAUGUUUUGUAUGUCCCACUCAGAAACUAGAAACUGUUUUUGUUAUUCAUUUCCAGUCUGAAACAGUGUACUUCUGGGUAACUUCAUAUCCUGAAUGGAAAGAGGGCCGAGGGGGGUUGUGAAGCCUGGAAUGCGACCCAAAUGGCACUCUAGUCUAAAGUAGUGCACUAUAUUGGGAAUAGGGUGCCAUUUGGGAUACAAUCUUGGUGCUUCAGUGAGAAGCAAACCCACCAGGAAGUAUAGUAAGCCUUGUAUUUAGGUGAAAAAGAAUGUGACAGGUGUUAUCCUGUGUGGUUCUGCUCAGUCAGCCCUCUUAUCUGAAUCUAUUUCAGAUAUGUUUUUUUUUUUCAUAUUUAUUUACUAUUUUCUUUAAAUGUAUUUUACCGUCUGAUCUGAUGCUCUCGUAACUGGCUCUCGGUGUGUUUAUCCUUUACAUACAAGUGCUAUGCACAAAGUGAUGGGUUUUUACUGAAGUCUAAUUUUCAUUUAGUCUCCCAUUAACAUCAAUGCAUGACUAAGUUGAAGUUUGAAGUUAAUGAUUACAAUGCAAGCAGCCCUAUUCCAAGAUGGUGCUUGUGUACCUUUUCGUUCACAGAAACACUACACAUCCACGCCCAGUCUGAGCUGUACAGUUAGUGAUGCUCCAUGGUGCCAUUUUAUUUAGGAUGGUAUGUGUUUAGUAUGUCAGGUUUUGCUGAUGGGAAAUCUAGAAGAUUUUGUGUCAAACGCCAAUGUUACGGCUUCCUUCUAGUUCUCCUUUUUAGCCUUGUCUUCUUGGCUUUUCAGUUGGUGGAGGUCUGACAGGGAAGGCUCAACAAUGGAAGCGCUGUCACAUACCGUCUCUCGUCAUCCUAUUGAGUGGAGGCGGGCAACUUCCAAAAAUUCCCAAAUAUUCCCAAACUUCAGACACAAAAUUCCACUCUUCUGAUCAAUAUCACAGAAGCAUUUAAAUGGCAAGGCUUUGAAUGGCAGUUGAGUCACCAUGUGUUUCUCUCAUCUUUAACUUCAUUAGUUAUUAGUCAUUGGCUACAUCCUAAAUGGCACCCUAUUCUCUACUUUUGACCAGUAGUGCACUAUAUUGGGGAUGUACAUAUUUCUGUAGCCAUGGUGGAUAUUACAGGGUUUGCAUGUGGAAUUGGCUCCCUAUUCCAAAUAUACUGCACUACUUUUGACCAGGGCCCACAUUGGACUCAAAACUAGUGCAUUUACAUAGGAAAUAGGGUCCCGGGUACAGCCUUGAUCCCUACCAUUCCUCAGACAGUUGGCACCGCGUCCAGGGUUGUUGGCCUCUUUGCCCAGAAGGGUGGCAGCAUGACUGGCAUGCCAGUCCCACACAUGCAAAUGAGUCCUGCCUUUGUGUGUGUUUCACUUUGGCCUGGGAUGACCUCCGUGAAACACACACUCGCUCUUACUUGUACCCUUCAUUUGUGUUGAAUUUGAAAUCUGACUUUCUUCACAAACCACUCCAGCUGUCUUUGAUUGUAUUAUUUGUGUUCAGUUUUUGAUAUAUUGUCAUUUUAAUGUACCCCCAUGUGUUCUUACUUGUAGCUCCUGGUCUGAAUCUUAACUUGGCUCUACUUUAGUUGUUGUAGUUUAGUUGCAUUGUUAUUCAUGAUGAUGGUUUGAAACUGUGUGGGGGACUGUUGACUGAUCCUCAGUAAAAAGCGAAUAAAGAAGAAAAGCCUAUUUGGAAGAGUCCCAGAGUCUCUCGUCUUUAUAGUCGCUGUGGGAAACAAACAAUUGCUCUCUUGUUUCGUCUCUCCGAGACGAUAACAUUUCCUCAACCAAUCAAAUGCCAUUCCGUGACCUUUGGAAUUGUGCCGUGUGUUUUGAUUAACUGGAAUUUCUGUUAUUUUUGUGGUGAAUAAAUCCAAUUUACAUGCCUAAAAUGUUA